AAGAAUAUUACUACUUUACGUCGCGAAUAUUAUAUAUAAAUAAAAGGAUAGACGUAACUGCGAAAAAAACGCGUUUAUGUUGUAUUUGUAGCAAUUUAAGUGUUCCAAAACUUGACAGAUAUCUGUAAACUGUAUUUUCAAUAAUUCAUAAAAUAAUCGAUGUUGUUAAAUUUAGCAUCUGAUACGUGUAAAACAUAUAAUAAAUCGAAUGAAGCGUAUUUGAAAAAACAUUUGUGAAAAUAAUUAAUUUUUACUUUUUAUUUAUUAUAUUAUCGAUUGUGACGAUUUCUCACACUUCGAUUUGGUUAAUGCGAAAUUUUUCUCUUUCACUGCUGAUAGGUGAAGUUACUACAUAGUGGUAGCAAUGAUUAAAGAUGUCUCUGCUUAUUAUAUAGUUUAAUUUUACGCGAUAAAAUAACUUUAGGAACGGCAAACUAGUUACAAGUCAGAAUUUUGUGGCCACUUAAAAAAACCGCGAGCUACAGUUUUUAUUUGUUUACUAAUAUGUAUUUAUUUCAUUAUGAAUUAGUUUUAUAUUUGUAACAGUGUCCGUUUAGUAGGAUGUAACUGAUGUUUCGAAAAAUAAAAGUAGAAAUAUUAUUAAAAAUAAAAAUACUCACAUAAAUAGAAUUGGAAGAUUAUCAAAAAUACUUGUAACCUACUGUCUCAAGUUGAAGUAUGGAUUAAUUUCACAAUGGCAAAUUUAAACGACAAUAGAAUUGUUGUUUUGAUUGAUAUGGAUUGUUUUUUCUGUCAAGUGGAAACAAAACUUCAACCAGAAUAUGAUGGAAAACCACUUGCUGUUGUACAAUAUAAUCAAUGGCAGCGGGGAGGAAUAAUUGCAGUUAACUAUGAAGCAAGAGAAUUUGGUAUUACAAGACACAUGAGGGGCGAAGAAGCUAAAGAAAAAUGUCCAGAUUUAAUUUUAGCAAGUGUGCCAUGUCUUCGUGGGAAAGCAGACACAUCAAGAUAUAGAAUUGCUGGUCGUGACGUUAUUGAUGUUAUAAGAAAACAUUGCAAUGUAAUAGAACGAGCUAGUGUAGACGAAGCAUAUUUAGAUAUUACAGACAUUGUUGAUAAAAGAAUAUCUACAAACUCUAUUAUUCCAGAAGUAUUAAUAACACAGCUUUAUAAUACAUUUGUUGUGGGAUAUUCAGAAAUUGGAAAAAAUGAUGGAGGACUAAAAGGCACAAAAAGAUGGAUUUCAAACAUUUUUGAAGAAUUGGAAGAUGUACAAGCUCAAAAACUUGCUAUAGCUGGUAUAAUAGUUGAAGAGUUAAGAGCUGAUAUAUUUGCAAAGACAGGAUUUAAAUGUUCUGCUGGCAUAGCACAAAAUAAAAUAUUGGCUAAAUUAGCAUGUGGAUUGCAUAAACCAAAUCGACAAACAAUAUUACCACCAACUUCUGUAUCAACACUUUAUUCUACAUUACCUAUUAAAAAAGUUAGGAAUCUUGGUGGAAAAUUUGGAGAUGUUGUCGUUGAAUCACUUAAUUGUAAUGUUAUGGGUGACUUAUUGAAAUAUUCAUUGCAACAUUUACAGAAACGUUUUGAUGAAAAAACAGGAUUAUGGUUAUACAAUAUUGCACGAGGUAUAGACAAUGAACCUGUUACUAUGCGUCUUGUGACAAAAUCAAUUGGUGCAUGUAAAAAAUUUCCAGGGAGGCAAGCUAUAACUUCAUUAGAUGUUUUUUGUUCGCAGUUAAAACAUUGGGCUGGUGAAUUAUCAGCUGAAGUUUGUGAACGUCUUGAACAAGAUCGCGAGGAGAAUGAACGACGAGCAACAUUGCUCACGAUAUGUUAUCACUAUUAUCACAAUAAAACAACUGUAUCUCAAUCUCGUUCAUGUACUUUAAAUUCCUACAAGCCAGAAAAAAUGGCAGCUUGUUGUGUAGAUAUUGUAUCCAAAUCCACGCAAUGUCCAAUUGCAUAUUUAGGAGUAUCGGCUGGUAAAUUUAUACAAGCUAAGGGUAGAGAAAAUUUCAGGAACUUUUUUAAAGUAGGAAACUCGGAUCACCAAGGAAAAACGUGUACUCAAACAGAAAUUUCAAAAAUCGAGUGUAUUCAAUCCACGAAUAAUACCAUUGAAAUGAAAAAUGCAUCAAAUAGUAGAACAACGAAUGUUACACAAAAUUUGAAAACUAACGUGAAAUUAAAUGAACAAAUUUCUAAAAUAAAAACAGAUUCAUCGCCUACUUCUAGAAAAUUAAGUAAUUUAAUUAGUUCAUUGAAUAAACGAAGCAAGAAAAAACCGUUUUCUGAAAGCAAAAUAAUUAAUUCAGAUUUAAAUGAGGCCAUAAAUCAGAAUGAAUUUAAAGAAUCUUUCUUCGUGAAUGUUUUUAAUUCAAGAGAAGAUAAGUUGAAAGAUGCGUAUAUAUCUGAAACUGCAUUAAUUGAAUUAAAUGAGAACAAAGAUAUGGAUGCUGGAGAUGAUAAUUUAAAUAAAAAUAAUGCGGGAAAAGUUGAAUCUGAAAAUGAUUUUAAUAUUUCCAAAAAGGAAACACAUAUGAAUGAUAGAAAUAAAAAUUUUAAGACAGAUGGCGAUAUUGUUUCUAAUAAAGAAAGUAUCACUGUUCGAUUAAAGCAGAGUACUGCAGUUGAAAUGGUGCAACCUUCCUCUAGUAUACAUAUACAUGAGAAUAAUAAUGUUAAUAACGAACAAAAUAUUAUUAAAAUACAAGAAAUAUUUCCUAAUUUAAAUGAUAUUGACCCUAAGGUAGUUGCUUUAUUACCUAUGAACCUACAAGAAGAAGCAAAGCUAUAUAUAAAAGCACAGACUAAGAAGGACAUUACUAAAGAAAGUUUAUUGAAACAUUCAAAGCUAAAAAAUAAAUCAAAAAAUAAUACUUCUAAAGAGAAAAAUGGUAAUAGUAUAUAUAAUUUCCUAAUAAAAAAAGAUCCAUCUAAUGUCACAGAUGUUCCUUUAAAACAAUGCUUACAGUGUUAUCAGAUGAUAGUUUUAUCGAAAUACAAUGAACAUUGCGAUUUUCAUAUGGCCGAAAAUUUGCAGAGAGAAUUAAAUAAACCGUUAUUAGAAACAGAAAAUGUAAAGAGAAAAAUUGAUAUGUAUGAUGUAAACACGAAUUGCCUAAAACGUCGACCAAAUGCAUUAAAUUUAUAACAUAGUUUCAGUUACAGUUUAUAUUGACAGUUUAUAUUGAAUUAAAUAAUUUUUGUAUACAUGUAUUUCAAUACAUUGUAUUUGAUGUUAUCUUUAAUUACCAUUUAUAUAAUUUUAAGUCACUUUUUGUAAAUAUUUGGUAAUGUUAUUUGUAUUGCAAUGCAAGUAACAUUGCUUUAUAGUGAAAUAAGAUAAAAAAUUAAAUGUCAAUUAACUUUAUAACUUAAAUGUAAUAUUACUUCUAUAAAAUUUUAGAGAUUGAUGUGACGAAAUUAAUAAAAUAUUCAAUAUUAUAUAUAUCCUUCC